CUCACUUCUCCCAAUCUCUAUAGACUGUAUCCUUUCCCCGAAUACCUCAACACCUGCCGAACUCGAACUUUCUUUUAUCAUUGCACCUGAGGUCAACAUGGCUUCCCGAUUAUCUCUGCGUCAAUUUUCCGCCCAGCGUCUAAGGUCUGUCCCUCGUGUACCGCGUGCGAUAUGCUGCAGGACUUUCACAACGAGCAAGGGAUCUGAAAACGCCAGAAGCGCUUCCGGGUUGAUUCAGGGCUUACAGAAAGGCCCGGCUUUACGAAACGGGUUUUCGAGAGUCAACGUCAUCCCAAUUUCGAAUUAUCAGGUUCGAACCUAUGCCGAUACUGUCGUCAAGGUUCCGCAGAUGGCGGAAUCAAUUACAGAGGGUACAUUGAAGCAAUUCUCAAAACAGGUCGGAGACUAUGUCGAGCGGGAUGAAGAGAUUGCGACAAUUGAAACUGACAAGAUUGAUGUAUCGGUUAAUGCGCCGGAGUCCGGAGUCAUCAAGGAGCUGCUCGUGAACGAGGAAGAUACGGUUACAGUCGGACAGGAUCUGGUGAAGCUGGAAGCCGGUGGUACUCCGGAAAAGAAAUCAGAGGAAGCGACUGAGAAGCCCAAGGAACCUGCCUCUACCGGCUCUGAGGCUGAAAAGCCAAAGGAACCAGAAUCCGCACCAUCUUCUUCUGCUCCUGAGAAGAGCACCUCAUCAACAAAGGCUCCUCAGGCUGAAACUUCCAAGCCGACACAGGAAGUGGCAUCCAAGUCUCGACCAACGGAGGAGGCAAAGCCCGCACUAGGAAACCGUGAGGAGAGAAGGGUCAAAAUGAACCGGAUGAGACUAAGGAUCGCGGAACGUUUGAAGCAAUCCCAGAACACCGCUGCUUCCCUGACUACCUUCAAUGAGGUCGACAUGUCUUCUUUGAUGGAGUUUCGGAAGCUGUACAAGGAUGAGAUUCUUAAGAAAACAGGUGUCAAGCUGGGGUUCAUGAGUGCCUUCUCUCGUGCUUGUGUUCUGGCUAUGAAGGAUGUUCCCGCCGUUAACGCUUCCAUCGAAGGCCCCAAUGGUGGUGAUACCAUUGUUUACCGCGAUUAUGUGGACAUCAGCGUCGCUGUUGCCACGGAGAAAGGCCUAGUGACACCCGUGGUCCGCAACGCUGAGACUAUGGAUCUCGUUGGUAUUGAGAAGUCUAUUGCAGAUCUUGGCAAGAAGGCACGUGACAACAAACUGACUAUUGAAGAUAUGGCUGGAGGCACCUUUACCAUCAGCAAUGGUGGCGUUUUUGGAUCUCUCAUGGGCACGCCUAUUAUCAACCUUCCACAAACUGCUGUUCUCGGUCUGCAUGCCAUUAAGGACAAACCCGUGGCCAUCGGCGGCAAGGUUGAGAUUCGUCCGAUGAUGUAUCUUGCCCUCACUUAUGACCAUCGACUUCUGGAUGGCAGGGAGGCCGUCACUUUCCUAGUUAAGGUAAAGGAGUAUAUUGAAGACCCUCGCCGCAUGCUUUUGGGUUAGACGAACUGUGCCGUUCUCUUUUAAUUUGUUCUGUAAAAUAUCAAUCCAAUAUGUGCGAUAUAUCAGUGCUAGGUUUCAGCUGUAGAUUUCGAGGCCGGGCUAGGCUCUCUCUAAUCCCUGGUCUUUGUUAUAUUUAUUACUGAGACAAAAGUGCAAUUUGUUUUUAUACCAUGCCUAUCCUUCGCUUCAGCUGUUGCGUUUCGUUCCGGUUCAAGCCCUCGA